GCAUGGAUCCUGAUUUAGAAAGUGAAGACAAAGUAUGGGUUCUAUUGUUUCCUGGUUAUUCAAUCUUAACAAAAAAGAAUAAGCUCAUUCAAUUGUCUAUCAAUGUAAAAAAUGACACAGAGCUGCAGUAUACACUUGAUAAUUUUGAAGCUGAUCAUAUAUUCACUAAUUUGAAAGAAAUAAAACAUUAUAAUUAUAUGUUUACAACAUUGAGAGAUGAAUUAGAAGUCAAGGAAAAUUAUCUAUUUACAUGCAAAAACAAUGCUGCAGCAGAAGAAAGUGUUCAAAAGGGCUUGCUCUUUUGGUAUCAAGCAAUUAUUGACUUGAAUUAUAUGAAGUAA